AUGGUUUCCCAGCACAACCCCGACGAGCUUAUGGGCGAGGAGGAGCUCGACGCCUCCUUCUCGGUCGACUCCUUUUUUGCCGAGGAAGCGGUCACGCCCGCUGUCUCUGCUCCUCCCCCCGCUAAGCGCGUCUGUGCUGCCGGUUCCUCUAGUUGUGCGCCUGUGGCUCCCCCUGCGGCUCCGGUGGUGCCGCCUGUCACCCCGGUGAUGGCUCCCGUGGCUGGACCUUCCACGGCAGCGCCUGCUCCUUCGGCGUCUACCCAGGAAGCUAAUCCUGUUGUUGCCCUCGCUAUUACCGGCUGUUACCUACGUCUUCGUCGUAACCGUGACUCUGUGGGAGUCGUUGUCGCGGCACUCGUCCGCGAUACUGACGCUGUUGUUGUUCUUCUCUUCCCUGAGUCCCUGGAAGCUCACCGCAGCCGGAUCAUCACCCGUGCCCGCAGCAUCCUCCGCGGCCGUGAUUUCGCUGGUGGUCGCGUUCCGCUAGGCUUCAUAUUCUCCGCAGCAGCGGAUCCCUUCGUCGCAAUGUCUGCUGCUCACUUACAUCAUCCCGCCACCACCGCCUUCCUCGCGCCCCACGCCCUUCCCCAGCCCCGCAGUGCGGCUUCCCCACUCUCAUGCGCAACCCGCACCAGCAUAUUAGUUCCCCGCGGAUCACGCGCGACGGAUAUCUUUCCAGUCGAAUCUCGCGCGCAGCGAAUUGCCGCUAUAGCUAGUCGUUCUUGCGCUGCGAGAUUCGCUGCGCCAUCCGACAACCCCGGAACGCGAUGGGGAUCGUCGGCGACGGUGCUCCGUGCGACAGAUGGCGACGGCGGCGUCGCGCCGACCAGUAGCGAGUCGAGCGGAUUCGAUAUACGACGCGUGGAGCAGUACACCGAGAGCGUGCCGGGGGAGGUGGUGGUGCUCAACGCCCUGGUGGAUGGCGAGGAGGAUGAGGUGGUCGUCUUCAGGGGUUUCUCCUCGUCCCUGGUGCUGCCCACGCCUUCAGACCCCUCGGACCCUGUAUUGCCCGCCUCUGCUGCGAUCAGCUCAGUGGACCGCGUGAAGGGCCCCUUCAACCCCGCUCGCAUGGAGUACAUUCAGCAGGGCAUGCGCUGGGAGGAGUUUGAGCAGCUGUUGGAAGCCAUGCACCUCUGA